CGGGGGGGCGGAUCGGGAGAGGAGGGCGGACUCACUCUCACUCACAGCCUCUCGCUGCCCUCUGAAGAGGCGACUGCUGGGGGAACCCGAAGAGGGCGCGGGGGCUCACCCGCGGCGGCUUUGUGCGUGCGCGCCGGCCCCCGUGCCCCGCUGUGGUCUCGCCCGCUCCCCCCGCUCAGCGCAGUGGGACGUGCCCGGGCUUUCGCGUCAUCCAUUGUUUACAAACCAAGCCCAGCAGCGGGCUGCUGCGAGUCGGGUUUGCACCGGUGCGGCGCGCGGAGCCGGCCGAGAUGCCCUGCCGGCCCGGGGAGCGCUUUCUGCUGCUGGAGCGCUCGGUCGCCGUGGGGCAGGCGGGCUCCAAGGAGGUGGACGCGCUGGUGGCCAAGCUGGGCGAGGUGCUGCAGUUAAGCACCCAGCGGGCACCGGCCCCCCGCGGCCCCAAGCACCCGCCGCCCGCCACCGCCCGGGGCCGCGCCGCGCCCUACUCCCCCCGUGGCGGCGGCCUCCUGGUCCCGCGGGGCCCGGCCCCGCUGCAGCCGCACCAGCCCGCGGAGCCCCAGCGCCCGGGGAAGAAUAGCCAGCGGGUGGCCAAGCAGCUGUGCGGCCGGGGCUGGCUGCGGAGCGCCGCCCACAGGAGGAAGCGGCCGGGGCCGGGGGAAGCGCCCGGCGAAGAGGAGGAUCCGCACCGGCUCCUGCAGCAGCUAAUCCUCUCCGGGAACCUCAUCAAGGAGGCAGUCAGGCGCCUGCAGCUGGCGGCGGCGGCCGUGGCCACAGCCACCACCGGCGGCAGCGGAGAGGGAGAAGCAGCAGCCCUGCAGCCUCUGCAAUAGCCCCGCGGGUUGUGGAGAGUCCGUGGCAGCGAGCCCCGCGCCGGAAUCGGGACAUUGCAUGUGGGAGGGGCCAGCGGAUCUAUCUCGGGGGCGCCCCCUCCCCGGUACUUGAAGCAGACUCUUUAUUGACAGUGAGGCCCCGUGGCCGGGGUCCAGCUAUUCUGUAUAAAACGUGGUGCUAGCUCCGAGGCGCUGUAAGUCUCUGUAGUGGUCGCUGAUGGGGGUGGGGGAAGCAGGGAGCCCCCCACCUUCACCGAGCCUGCUCCGCGGAGAUGCAGACCCCCCCUCAACUCGCUGCUGUGUGUCGGGACGGGGGAAGGGACCACCCCGCUGGGCCAGUCCCGACCUGCCAUUGUUUUGGAGGAAGGGGUCCCCAGUCUUAGUGUCAUGGAGGGGGAGCCUGAGAUGCGGCAGGGAGAGGGGUACGCGUGUGGGGCGGCGGGGAGGUAGGUUUGGGUAGAGCGGGUUUAAAAUUUGUUGGCUCCUAUAUUCCUCUGCCCCAAGGUCACCGAAAGGCGCAUCCACACAGCGCGCGCACGGUGGUGGUGUUUUCACCAGCCGGUUGGAGAUAGUAACCCCUCUUAGCUUGUUUUGACUGUACUGAGGGCGAGCCCUGUGUUUUGUAAUCGCUAGGAGUCUCCUGAGGACGUGCACGUUGCCCGAUCCGAGUUGUUGUUGUGCUCCCCCCCCCCCCCCCCCCGCCUCCAAAGAGCUCCUCCUACCAGUGGGAUUCUCAGAAACAGGGUCAUCUUACAGCAAGUUCUCUAAGAACCCCGCCAGUCCCCGUCCUUCCUGCUAAUACCACUGCCGCUGCUCCAGCACUCGGGGGCUCUUUUUCUGGAGGAUGGACAAGAGAGAAGGCUGUUUGUGUCUUCACAUCCCUGCCCUGCUAUUCCCACUGCCAGCGCGCUCCAGGCUUGGAGUCUGUCUCGCUACACGGGAGUAGAUUUGUCCGUCUCUGGUGGUCUCAGGAGCCAUUUGCAAUAAGUCUAAAAUAUCUUAUUGAGAGGUGCGUGUUUCCUUUCUCCUCCUGGGUUUCUUUUUUUUUUUUUUUUUUACACUUUUCCCAUUGUGACUACAGAGCGGUUUUAAAUGUGAAUAUCAAAGUUGGAAAGCAGCUGAACUGAUCAUUGUGAAGUGUGAGCGAAUGAAGACUGAGAUACAUUGUUCACAGAUGGUAGCUAAACAACAACUCCCCUCCCCUCCCUCCCCCCCCGAAAAAACAAAACAAAACCUCAAUGGCUGGAUUGAAAAGAUGCUGGCUGUUGUCAAAAUAUAUACACUUCGUAACGGAGUGUUUGAAUUGUGUUCCUGAUUUACAGGACUUGUCUUAAGAUGUCUGUACUGAAUAAAUGUGGUCUUGUUUUUA